ACGGCGAUUUGCGUUUUUGACGGCCGACAAAAAAUAAAGGUCACCGACUCUGCCAUUCCCUUUAAUUUCUUUUUCUUUUUUUCGGUUUCACUUAAAGGGGAUGCGCGCGCAUGGGAAGAGAACGGUAGCCCAAGAGAAGCGGGGCGGGGAGAGCUUCCCCCAACCGCUUGUGUUCAACCGAGCGAAGGAAGCUGAAAGUUGCGAAGGGGCCGGGGGCAAAAACCUUCGUGUUAAAGUGAAUGGAGAACAGGUACAGGAGCAGAUGCUGGGGACUAGCCAAUGGAGAUCCAGCUAGUAACAGUGAAGGAAGAGAUUGGAUCAGUUCUGCCCCCUGUAUGCCCCCUGUGCCAGGAAGACCUGCCAAGCCUUGCUGGGCCCCACGAGCAAAUUCCCCAAUGCCAGGGCUGCAGAAACCUCCUUUUGGAGCCUCAGAGCUGGCUGUCCAGUAGUAUCGAGGCUUUGGUGCUCCCUGUGGAGAGGCCUUACAACUGCUCUUUCUGCCCCAAACGCUUCAAGAGGGCUUCAGACCGACGUGAUCAUGAACGGGUGCACACUGGUGAAAGGCCGUAUGAAUGUGGCAUCUGUGGCAAGCGCUUCACUCAGAGCUCAGUACUAUCUGGCCACAUGCGCAUUCACACUGGCGAACGGCCUUUCCACUGCAGUGUCUGCUUUAAAUCUUUCAACAACGGCUCCAACUUCCGCAAGCACCAACGCAUUCACGGCCCACUGUUUGGGUACAGUGAAGGGAGAGUUGGUGAGAAGGACUGCGAUUCUUUGCCUGGAAAGAAACCGGAGCAAGUGAAAGAAGGAAAUGAUGGCAGAAAUCUAGGCCCUACUCUUCUCUUGAAGCAAAACGGCUGUCAGCCCAUUGAAGAGUUAAGAGAAGGCAAGAACAAGGCUGAUCAAAACCUCCAAGGGAGGCAAAGUUGCUUUUAUAACGCUAGGCAAAGCCAAGACGACUGUUGCAGCAGCAGCCAAAGACAACCAGGUGAUAGCAUCGAUACACUCAAGAGGAUGGGACUGCAACAGGAUGAUGCCAGUCUUGGUAUUAAUCUUGCUACAAGGCAGGGCACCCAAGAUGGUCUUAAGGCAGAUGCUCUGAAGGCAACUGAUCACAAUGGGCAUGCUGGAAACAACAAUUGCCGCUAUAGCCAAGAAGCCCUUCCCAAUGGCCACAACUUCAAACAACAACUGCCACAGGCAAACACUGAAAAUCCCACAGAAGGCUCGAGGCAGAACAGAGCAGGGGGACACCAUAUUCAGGAAGAACAGAAGAAAGUGGUUGACAGCUGCCCCGAUAAGUUACAGCUAGAGAGUGGCAGCACCUGGGGGAAAGGCUUCUUACCAGCCGGGGACAACGGGGGCUCUGCUCACAAGCCGAACCAAGAGAGUUCUGAGAUGGGCUUCGGAGUAAGGAGGCUAAAUGGCCUCAGAGGCCUCAAGCAGCGCAGGGCGGGAAGUGGGGUUUCAAAGACGAGGCAGAAUGGUAGAGGGGAAUGCAAUGCAGGGGGAUUCAAUGAAAGCAGAACUUUCGUUCCACAGCCAAAGGAAAACCAUAGCCAGGGAGCUUCUAUCAGUGGCCUUAGAGAAAGAGAGCUGAUCCAGGAGAGUAGCACCCGUGGAGACUUUCAAACGUGGGCCACAGAAAAGUUGAAUGUUCUCAAAGUGGAACCGUCUAAGUGGCCCAAAGAUGGCAUAGCCUGGGAAGAUCCUGCCUCAGAAAUGAGUUACUCUGAAGGCUACAGUCUGAAGGCUACAAGAUCACCUUGGCAAUUGGAGAAUCUUGAUCCACGUUCCCUAUCUUGCAAUGCUUGUGGACCUGAGAGAGGCCACUCUUUGCAGGAUCCGCUUGGAAGCACUGCUCAGCAUAGGGAAGAUAAGGAGAAACCCACCCCUGGCUUUCUUUUCCCAGCUCAUGAACCCUCCGAUGGACAUGCACUGUCUAUGCUUGAAUCCAAGCCGUUUUUCUGCUUUGCCUGCCCCAAACAGUUCCGCCGUGCCACAGACCUGAAAGAGCACUUGAGAGUGCACACCGGUGAAAGGCCCUUUGGCUGCAGCGUCUGUGGAAAACGGUUCACACAGAGCUCAGCCUUAACCACUCACCGGAGGCUGCACACUGGAGAGAAGCCCUUUGAAUGUGCGGUCUGCUGCCGCCGUUUCAAUAACUCCUCUAACUUUGCCAAACAUCGUCGAAUACAUGGGCCAGACAGCGUGGGGUAUAAGAAUAAAGCAGUGGAAAAAGAGCUCUGGAAAGUAAAACCACACUGAUUUUGUUUUUCAGCAGGAAUUCCUACAUUGAAAAGUAGAAUGAAAAACCAAGGAUGAAAUGUGCUAUUACAAUGUUGAUUUUUAGUUAACAAUUUUCAAGACAACUCAGUGCCACCAGAUAUUUAGAAACUCCAUUUCUAUGAAUACCAAUCAGCAAUGUUCAAAGUGGGCAAUUGUGCCCCAAAUCAUUGGAAAGCACCAAAUUGUUAGCUGGAACCUGGCAUUUCAUAGGCAGGCCAGUUGUAUCCCACUUUCCUUGACUUACUGCUUGAUAAAACCAGACACUGGAGACUGCAAUCAAAUUACAAUUUCUGAUUCUAAAUUGUGAAUAACCCUAGACACUUAAAAUGCAAAGGCAGGAAGGAGUAUGCAGGUCUGUAAUGCAUUUAGGUAACCCCAUCCUGGGUUCGAUAUCAGGCUUGAAUUGAGUCACAGGGAUCAGAACAGUUCCAAUUAAUAUUUGGAAUCAUCUAGAAAUCAGUCAAAAUCAUGUUUUGGCAUUAUAGGUAGUUCUCGACUUAACAAUCACAAUUGGGACCAAAAUUUCUGUUCAGUGAGUCAUGCUCAACUUUUGCCACAGUUUUUAGGCAAAUCAUUGCAGUCAUUAAGGGAAUUUUGGGAUUUUAGACAAAUCUUGACUUCCUCCAUUGACUUGUUGGAAGCCAUCUGGGAAGGUUGCAAAUGGUGAUUCCAUUAUCAUGGGAUACUGCAACCAUCAUAAAUACCAGUUUCCAAGUGCCUGCAUUCUGAUCACAUGGCCACAGGAUUGUUUGCAAUGGUCAUAAAUGUAAAUACUGAUUGUAAAUCACUUUCUGUGCUGUUGUAACUUUGAAUGGUUGCCAAAGAAAUGAUUGUUAAGCGGAGGACUACCUGUUUUAUUAAACCCAAGCCAACGAACAUAAGCCUUAAAAGUUUGUACUAAUUAAUGCCUGUUGCAGUUUCUGAAGUGGGGCACAAAAUGAAAAGCAGACUUGGUUAGAUUUGGGGACUGCCUAUGCGCUUCUUGCUAGCUCAAUGGAUGGUGCUCAGCCACUGUGGGUAACAGAAGAUGCUGUGCAAACUCACCCAACCUAGUUAAUAAAUCAUGGUUCUGUUAACCAUAAGCUAGCAUGCUAUGUGAACAGAGCCAUGUUUUGGUCAGAUGUCUGCAUUUUCCUCUUACAAGAAAAAAUUUUUACCUACAAAUUUAAAGUACCUGGGAAGUGAAUAGUUUGUGUUGAAUUUCUAAACUUACUAGCUUGGACAUGAGUCCCAUGGAAUCAAACUGACCUUAGUUUAUGUUGACAUGGAAUAUAAUUUUGCAAUACAUGUAGUUGUUAGAACGCACUCAUUUUAAUUAUGACUGUAUUUUCAACUUGGUAUAAAAUUAUUUCUAAAAUAUAUGCUGCAAAAGUUUUAAGUAAAUAAAAAUUUCUUACAUUAUGCCAAUGAAGUAAACUGUGUUUGUGUGUGUGUGUGUGUGUGUGUGUGUGUACAUGCAUAGGGAAUCUCUAUUGGCAAAUACCCAGUCAAAAUAUUUGUUGACAUUAUACUCUGCGCUGUACUUUUACGGUGGUGGCGCAGUAGUUAGAGUGCAGUCCUGCAGGCUACUUCUGCUGACUGCCUGCAAUUUGGCAGUUCGAAUUUCACCAGACUUAAGGUUGAUUCAGCCUUCCAUCCUUCUGAGUUCAAUAAUUGUAGAGCACA